AUGAAACCUGAUGAAACGCCUAUGUUUGACCCAAGUCUACUCAAAGAAGUGGACUGGAGUCAGAAUACAGCUACAUUUUCUCCAGCCAUUUCCCCAACACAUCCUGGAGAAGGUUUGGUUUUGAGGCCUCUUUGUACUGCUGAUUUAAAUAGAGGUUUUUUUAAGGUACUAGGUCAGCUGACAGAGACUGGAGUUGUCAACCCGGAACAAUUUAUGAAAUCUUUUGAGCACAUGAAGAAAUCUGGGGAUUAUUAUGUUACAGUUGUGGAAGAUGUAACUUUAGGACAGAUAGUUGCUACAGCAACUCUGAUAAUAGAACAUAAAUUCAUCCAUUCCUGUGCUAAGAGAGGAAGAGUAGAAGAUGUUGUUGUUAGUGAUGAAUGCAGAGGAAAGCAGCUUGGCAAAUUGUUAUUAUCAACCCUUACUUUGCUAAGCAAGAAAUUGAACUGUUAUAAGAUUACCCUUGAAUGUCUACCACAAAACGCUGGUUUCUAUAAAAAGUUUGGAUAUACAGUAUCUGAAGAAAACUACAUGUGUCAGAGGUUUCUAAAGUAAAACCUUUUAAGACAGACAUCUGUCAAAGGAGCUGAUGCAACAAGGCUACACUCUCUUCCUAGAGUUAAAGUAUUUUGUUGCCGCAACCCAGUGACCUCCAAUAAAUACUGGAUUGAAAAAAAACACUGUAAUACAAGUAUAAUGACAUUUAGAAGAUUACUUUGGGCUGGUGAGACAUGCUGAGUUUAGAUUACAGAUGAAAUUGUUAAGGGGAUGAUUUUUAACCAAAGGAGUAUAUUUUUAACUUGAAUCUUUUCUUGCAUUGUAUUUUUCUAAAGUUCGGCUUUAUUUCUUAGUAGUCAGUACAGGUAGUAAGAAGUUAUAUGUCUGCUAUCUGUACUGCUCAUUAAAAAAAAAAAAGCAUACAGUGAAUAAGGCUGUUUCUUAUCACAUUCAUAAAAUUAAUAUUUUUUUCAAAGAAAUAUAUCUAAAUACCACUUAGGGGUGUAUCAUUUCACAUAUAUUACGUGAAAUUGGAUGUUAGACAUAUUAUAACUGAAUGUAGUUCAGUCCAACAUUUGCUGAUCCUAAUACUAUACUGGCAAACCUGGUAAGCCUUUAAAAUAAGGAGAAAUGAAAAUUAACUGCUUAUAAAAUGUGACAAUUUAAAUGUACAUCUAAAAGUUGAUAUAAUUCUAAUGUAGCUGAAGUACCACCUGUCAUAUAUGUGAAAUGUAAUAAUUAUUCAUUUGUUUAAAAUAUCUAAGAGAAAUAUAAGGUACUUUUUAACGGUGAAUUAGUAAAUCCUGGCAUAUUAUGUAUUUCUAAGCUGAUUUCUCAUUUUUCCAGGGGUGUCCGAGCCUCUCUUUUGAGUAACAUUUUUAUGAAAAUGGAUUACAAAAUUGAGUGGAGUACUUUAAAAUGUAUCAUACUGCAUUUAUUACAUUCUUAAAAUGUUGAUGGAAGCUUUUCUAUUUAAUGUGAUUAUAAUGGUACUAUUCUGGUCACUAUCCUAUUUUGAUUUUAUUUAUUUUAAUUAUUUUUUUUAAGUUGAAAUAAGAAUUAGAUACUUCACUACUGGUUUGAAUCUUUUACAUUUCAUGUUACAUUAAACCUGUUCAUAUGAAUAGUCUUUUGUUAGAAUCUAAAUGUUUUCUGUGCUUUUCUUGAGUUGUCUAUUGAAUUAUUAGGUCAAGUCAUGGUUCAUAAAAUCUUAGUUUUGUGUACCUUUUGUAAAAGGAGCUUAGAAAGUAAAGAUCACCUGUUUCUCAUCCCUUUGAUUCUCACCUACCUCAACUAGAUUCCAGACUUCCCUCCAUGCAGUAAAGCUAAAGUCGGCUUUCUAAAACAACAGAAAUUCUUCACCAACAGAGGGUGUACUACUCACCUGCUGAUGAUAUAGGCAGAUGAAUUGAUCUGUCCCUAGUGAAAGCAACAAAGCUAAGUUUUGCUUUUUUAGGAGUCCUAUAACCUUGAUAACACCAGCUGUACUAGGUACAGUCUGGUAAUUUAAAACCUCUGUUAACAAAUAAACCUAAUAGGGACUUCCCUGGUGGUCCAGUGGUUAAGAUUCUGUGCUCCCACUGCAGGGGGCAUGGGUUUGAUCCCCGGUUGGGGAACUAAGAUCCCGCAUGCUGUGCUGUAUGGCCAGGAAAAAAACACCACCAAAGAAAACCCUAAUAAAAGGCAAAAUUAAAUGCUUUAUUUCAUUUCUUACCACUGAACAAUUUGAAGUAAAACUAUAAGGUGGCUAUUUCAAUAAAUCCCUUUAAAUAGUGUUCUUAAGGUCUUAUCUUAAAUCCCCCCCUACAGGAAAUAGAGUUGUAGGUAAGGUGUAAUACAUAAAAAUUGUGUCAUUGAGGAAACUGGUGAUCUGUAUUUAGCUUUAGUUAACCAGAGAAAUUUGAUUUUUCUAAGCCAUUGUGUGGGUAAAAUUGAGUAUGAAAAAAACUGCAUAGAACAUUUCAAUAUAUACACUUUUGAGCAUUGUUUACUUUUGAAAAGGUAUAACGAAGUGGCAAUUGUGAUUUUUAUUUUGCUCCAUGUAUUUUAUAUAUUUGUAUUUCACUGACUCUCAAGCACUUUUUUUUUCUUUUUUACAUGUAACAUUUGGAAAUGUGGAUGCAUUUUAUGAUCAGUGGCUUGUCUUAGUUUAUUCAGCAAUAUUUUUUGCCUUUUAGUAGGAUCAAAAAGAUGGUGUAGAGAUGCUAAUGAUGAUGUCUUAGAUUUGAUGAAGAAUAUUAUGUAGGUAGGCUAACAAGGGGAAAACUAAAAGCAAAAAGUUUUUUUUUUAAUGAGCUGGAAGCUGUUCUAUGGAUGUGGCCUUACCCUUUCCUUCAUUCACAAAUUUCCUCACUUUCAACUCCAAACUUGUUCAACUAAUUGUUUAAAAUAUACUUGAGCUGGGGCUUCCCUGGUGGCACAGUGGUUGAGAGUCUGCCUGCCGAUGCAGGGGACAUGGGUUCGUGCCCCGGUCCGGGAAGAUCCCACAUGCCAUGGAGCGGCUAGGCCUGUGAGCCAUGGGUGCUAAGCUUGCGCGUCCGGAGCCUGUGCUCCGCAACGGGAGAGGCCACAACAGUGAGAGGCCCGCGUACCACCCCCCAAAAAAUAUAUAUACUUGAGCUGAAACUUGGGCCUUCCCUGUACUGACCAUAAUUUUUAUGUGUGAUCACAAUGUUUUAGAAAAUACUCUUAAGUGCUUCUCAAUAUCCAAUGUUCAUUCAUCCUUCUUAAUCUGUGUGGGACUAAAAUUGGGUUACUUUUACCUAGAAGACAACAAUCUAAGUAAAGAGGUUCUGAGGCAUAAGCAGUAUAAAUGAGCUUUUCAAUCUUUUUGAGGUAUAAUGGCACACCAGUUUUAAUACAACCACCAAUCUUCACAAAAUAAUUUUAAUACUUUGUGCCUGAGCUAGCAGCAUCUUGCACUGUGACAUUCCUAUACAUACAUAAGCAUUUGAUCCAAGUACAGAUGUUAAAAGCAGAGUAACUUAAGCAAUUGUCUGUACAAAGCUAAAUAGACACUGUAGGUUAUUUUUCUUUGUGAAUUAUUUUUGCUGCAUAGUAAAUUGCAAUUACAUGUCAGUAUAAUGUUACUGAUCUACAAAAUACACUUUGAACUGUGAGGUAUGGCAACUCCCUAUGAGAGAGAGCUAGCAUGUAAACCUGAAUAUUUUGAGUGAUUUUUUUUUUUUUUAGCUGCCAUGGAUGGAUAAGACAAAAAAAAAAUCCAGCAUUCAAAGACCCUAGAAACUUAUUUUU